UGAUAAUCUCAAUCACCAACAAAGAAUUGGAAGAAAGGUGCAAGCGACAUCUCCGAUGACAACAAAGGUGCAAGCAAUGAAAAUUGAAAAAUGGGCAACAACUUAACGAAGUCAUUUGUUAUUUCUCUUUUUUACAAUCUUACCAUGACUUGGUUUUAUUUUGUCUUUAGUCCCUCCCUUUUAUUCCUUGCCCUCAUUGACCAGUGCAAGGGCUCCGGUGGGCUAUAGGGUUUAAGAAAAGCUGAAAGCAAGCAAAGUGAAUUAUGGCGAUGGCCGGCGUGAAUAGCUUAAUGAUUGUGAACUAACAUGACAUGACAUGUUGCUUCAAAUUCACAUGAAUUCAUUUCUCCCAGUUGCGUCGUUUCCACACAAGUUGGAGAUUUCUUGUUUUUGGUUCAACAACAAGCUCACAAGGUCUGAAACUGGAACUAAUUAUCACUGCUGCAAUUGUUGUUAUUCUGAUAAAAGAAGAACGCGCUUGCGUUGGCGUUGGCGUUGGCGUUGUCAUUCGGGGAUAGGUGAAUGGGAACUGCAGGAAGGUCGUAUGGCCGUUUCAACUUAUCUUCAAGAAAUGGGGGUUUCGGAGGAUGAAUCGCUGUCUAUAGCAUCAAACGCACCCGCUUAUUUGAACAUGUUGGUUGAAGGUGUUAGGGAUUUGGAGCAAUUGUCUUCUUCAUCCAUGUCCAUAUGGGAUGAUAAUAAUUGUGCUACUACUGCUACUGCUACUGCUACUGGGUUCAACUUCAGGGACAAGCUUGUUCACAUUGCUGCUAACAAAGGCGACAAUGGCAAACUUGCCUACUUAGAGAGUCUCGGUUUCACUCUCUAUUCCUCUAUGAAUGUCGCCAGGUAUCUAUCUCCUGACAUUGACACCCUUCCAUCUCUCAUCCACAAGGUUUCAUCUCUCAAGCAACUAUUGUUUCAUUCUCAAUCUCCCGACUUCCUUAUCAGAAACAUUCGCCGCAUGAUGCGCCCCUUAUCAAUUUCAAUUGAUGAAGAUUUACAACGCACUUUGUCCUUUUUCGAAAAGCUUGAAGCAAGGCGCGGAGGUCUAAGCGUUUUGACCUCCCGAGAUUCCGCUUUCUGUUACUUAAUUGAAUCGUUUCCUCGAAUUCUUUCCUUAUCAGUAGACAAUCACCUCACACGCAUUGUCGAUUUUCUCCACAAUAUUGGAAUUCCCAGAAAUCUCAUCCCCAACAUUAUACUGGGUUUUCCUCCUAUUCUACUAUGGAAUCUUCAACUCCUUAAAACUAGAGUCCUAGCCUUGAAGGAGAUAGACGUGGUGGAUAAAGAUUAUGCCAAGUUGGUGCUGAAAUAUCCUUGGGUUCUAUCUACAAGCAUUCAAGAGAACUAUAAGGAGGUCCUCACCUUUUUAUAUUCUGUGAAGGUUGCAAAAACAUGGAUAGACCAUGUAAUCAAAAGCCAACCUCAUAUAUUGGGUUGUUCAACUAGCAAGCUGCAGUUGAUGGUGGAUCAGUUUGCUGAACUAGGAGUUCAAAGCAAAAAGUUGGAUCAGGUUAUUGCUAAAAGUCCUCAACUGCUAUUGCAGAAGCCCAGAGACUUUCUUCAGGUUGUUCUGUUCUUUGAACAUAUGGGUUUGGAUAAAGAAACUAUUGGGAGAAUACUUGCCCGCUGCCCUGAAAUUUUUGCUACCAGCAUUGGUAAAACUCUACAGAGGAAGAUUGAGUUUCUUAAGGAGGUUGGUGUUUCUGAAACUCACCUUCCUGCGGUUAUCCAAAAGUAUCCAGAAUUACUUGUGUCUGACAUUGACAAAACAGUACUACAACGGAUAAUGUACUUGAUGAAGUUAGGACUUUCAGAGAAGGAGAUUGCACUUAUGGUACGUACAUUUUCUCCUCUACUUGGGUACAGUAUAGAGGAGGUUCUGAGACCCAAAAUAGAUUUCCUGGUGAACUCAAUGGAGAGGCCUGUAAGAGAUGUGGUGGGCUACCCUAGGUUUUUUAGCUAUUCAUUAGAAAAGAAGAUAAAGCCAAGAUUUAGGUUGCUGAAAGGAAGGAAUAUCAAAUGUAGCUUAAAGGAUAUGCUGGGAAAAAAUGAUGAAGAAUUCGCUGCUGAAUUUAUGGGUGUUGGAAGGUCAUAGAAACAGAGAUAGAAAAGAAAAAGGGAAAAAUAGAAAAAAUGUAUUCUAGAAAAUGUAAUUGUGGUCAUUGGUCCUGAAUCCGUCUGAAACCGACCGGUGGACACCCUAGUGAUAGUACGAGGGAGUUUUGUGUUAUGGGUUCUUGGUUUGAGUUUGGGGUUUUGGGUUUCAAUGUUCUUUGUGAUGAUUAAGAGGAAGAAGAAUGGAAGGAGUGUAGGGUUUGGGUGGAGGAAAAAUAAUUAAUUUAUAGGUUAAAUAAUUAAAAAAAAAGUGAUUCAUGUCUGUAGAAUGAGAAAUAUAGAACCAUGUAUGAUGCAUUGUAAUAUUAUUUUUACAACCUAUGUUAAAGUAAA